CCAUGUCAACGGUUGGUGGAAAUUCAGAGGGAGCCCCUUGUGUAUUCCCCUUCAUCUUUCUUGGGAAUAAAUAUGAGUCCUGUACAAGUGCAGGUCGCAAUGAUGGCAAGCUGUGGUGUGCUUGUACCAGUAGCUAUGAUGAUGACCGCAAGUGGGGCUUUUGUCCAGAUCAAGGAUACAGUCUCUUCUUGGUUGCUGCUCAUGAAUUUGGCCAUGCCAUGGGAUUGGAACACUCUGAGGAUCCAGGAGCUCUUAUGGCCCCUAUCUACACCUACACCAAGAACUUUCGCCUUUCUCAGGAUGACAUUAAAGGGAUACAGGAGCUAUAUGAAGUAUCAACUGAUGUCGAACCUGGGCCAGGGCCAGGACCCGGGCCAGGCCCACGUCCAACGCUUGGACCUGUCACUCCAGAGCUCUGCAAGCACAACAUUGUAUUUGAUGGAGUCGCACAAAUUAGAGGAGAAACAUUUUUCUUCAAAGAUAGAUUCAUGUGGAGGACUGUAAAUCCCCGAGGAAAACCCACAGGUCCUCUUCUUGUUGCUACAUUCUGGCCCGAUCUGCCAGAGAAAAUUGAUGCUGUCUAUGAGGCCCCUCAGGAAGAGAAGGCUGUAUUUUUUUCAGGAAAUGAGUACUGGGUUUACUCAGCCAGUAACUUGGAUAGGGGCUAUCCAAAGAAACUCACCAACCUGGGACUACCCCCUGAUGUGCAACGUGUUGAUGCAGCUUUUAACUGGGGCAGAAACAAGAGGACAUACAUUUUUGCUGGAGACAGAUACUGGAAGUACAAUGAAGAGAAGAAGAAAAUGGAGAUUGCAUCCCCUAAAUUCAUUGCCGAUUCUUGGAAUGGAGUUCCAGAUAACCUUGAUGCUGUCCUGGGACUUGGUGACAGUGGAUAUACCUACUUUUUCAAAGAUCAGUACUAUCUACAAAUGGAAGACAAGAGUUUGAAGAUUGUUAAAAUUGGCAAGAUAAAUUCUGACUGGUUGGGUUGCUGAACUUUAUGAGAAAUUAAUAACCAAAUAUUUACUUUUUUGCUAUACGCCUUAUCUGUAAUUAGAAAUAGACCUGAAUACUAAUUACUGGACCAGUCUGGUACUGGCAUCAAAACAUUAAGUACCAGUACUGUAUACAUCAGAUAAUUUAAGUGUUUGCCGCCUCAGUAUAUGAAAGAUGUUUACAUAUAUAUUCUGGUACAAUUUUUCAGUUUUCAUGCUAGUCAUAGUAAUGCAGGUAACAGAACAUCCCUCUUUCUUUAUUCCCCUGGUGCUUAAACACAGCAUUGAAACAAUUGGAAACUGGAUCACACCCUGUGUUAUACACAUGCCCAAUAGGCUCAAAAGAGAUGUACCAGCAGUGCACCUUGAUUUUUUUUUUUAAUACAACUCUGUUAUAAAUAGAUGGUUUGUCUUGAUGUUUUUCACCCUUUUGCAAGUUCAAUCAUUACUUCCAUUUAUUUACAUAAUAAUACAGAAAGACUGUCAAAGGCACAGGUUGCCUCAGGAUUUGAUUUGUGUUGAUACAUGAUGGAAUCAUGGCAAGAAACUGUUAAAGUAUUGUUUUAAAGUACUUUUUAUUUUAAUACCUUAGUUAAAUUUAGCAAUUUGCUUCAUGCACUUUGUUACUAUGAUAUAACUUGUUUAUAUGGAUGGAAUGACUCAGAUUUUUUAAGUCAAUGCAUUAUACACAAAAGUCAAGUAUUAUU